AAUAAUCCUUUUCGCGCUGUUGAGCUUUAUGCUUUAUAAAUUUCUACUGCUUUGCCAGGGUAAGGUCAUCAGUUCGAAUCGCAAGAGAGGUUCUGUUGCAGAACUAAUUUUUUUGCUCAAGUUUGAGAGACUUCGGAAGAGAUUUUCGUUAAGCAUGUCGGACCCUAAAUAUUCAUAUCCAUAUCCAGCACAAGGGUAUCCACAGCCAGGGCAGCAGGGAUAUUAUCAACCGCAGCCGCCUGUGAUGGCUCCGCCGCAGUAUACGCAGGCUCCGCCUCGAAAAGAGCCAGGGUUUCUUGAAGGAUGUUUGGCUGCUCUGUGUUGCUGCUGCCUACUGGACGAGUGCUGUUGUGAUCCCACUGUCAUAUUUAGUUAGCGGUUGAAGGAUUUCAUCUAAAUUUUCUUCCACAAGGAAGAAUGGAUUUCUCAAUCAAAAUCUGCAGCAUCUGAAAAGAAAGCUUCAUAUCUAUUUUUAGAUUAGCACGCAUAUUAAUUUAAUCGGUCAAAUGUAGUGAAGAAGUUGAAUAAAUGAUACAUCUAUAUAUGGUAUUGGUUUUGGUGUUCUGAGAUGAAUAAAGGAGGAGAAAUUAUGUA